CAUGACUGUUAGUGGACUUUAUAUUUGCUCUCUCAAACGCUACCACAUGUCAUGUGUAGGUAGCUAGUUGUUUUUAAAGCAAUACACGUUUGUUUAAUCUUAACGACAAUUGAAAAUGGCAAGCGAGAACGCAGCGAAGCUCUCCAAAAACCUCCUGCGGAUGAAGUUCAUGCAGCGGGGCCUUGAUGCUGAGGUGAAGAAGCAGCUUGAGGAGGAGGAGAAGAGGAUCAUUAGCGAUGAGCAUUGGUAUCUCGACCUGCCAGAGCUCAAAGCUAAAGAGAAUUUUAUCAUAGAAGAAAGAAGUUUUGUACCAUGUGAGGACUUGGUGUAUGGGAGAAUGUCAUUCAGAGGAUUCAAUCCUGAGGUUGAGAAACUGAUGGCAGUGAUGAACACACAAAAACAAGCUGAAGAGGAGGAAGAGGAGGAGGACGUUACCAGAAUGGACACAGAUGUUACAGAUGAAGAAAUGGCAAGAAGAUAUGAGAGCUUAGUGGGAAGUAUGAGAAGAAAAUUUGCCAAAAAACGUGAGCGAUCUUCAACACAGGAUGAAGAUGUCAAUCAAAGUACAGAAGAAACAAAAGUGAAAAAGGUGUUUUUAAAACCACUGGAUUAGUACCCUUGCCUGGGUAUGUAUUUGUGUCUAGCAUAAUAUCCAAAUUGCAAAAAGCCUUUUGUGCAAGUGAGGUAGAAAUUCUCAGUUUUGUACAUAUAAUUUUAAAAAACCGGACUGACUGUGUAUUUCCUUAGUUGUGUUUUAAUGUUUUUAAAUGGAUGUUGUGCAUCCUAGCUGUGGAAAGAUGAAGAAAGCUUGAGUUUCACAGAUUUAAAGUAUGGUUCAACACAAAGGCUUUUUAUGUUUUUAUUUGUUUUUGA